UUUAAUUUACUAGGUCACAGACAAUGUUUGUUUGAGCCCUGUGGCCGAAUUAUUGCUUUGUUGAGCAUGUGAUGUAUUUCCUAUCAUGAAACUGCUCUCUUAUUGGCUUAUAGAGGCCAUAAAGUUGUAGGCUUGUCUCGAAACAUAAGGGAGUAAAGACAAAGGUUAUUCGGUGAUAGACUAGACGCAAGGAAAGACACGCUUUUGUUUGCAGAAAAGCAAUAAUGGCGUACUGCAAAAACUCCCUAAAGAAAAUGCUGCCAAAGACGUAUCUCCGCAAGCAUGUAGCUCAUGAAAUAUAUGUUGCAUUGCUUCACUUCAAAAGCCUUUCUCCAAUAGUGGAUAAAUAUGUCUACAACGAUGGAACCACCAAGGUGUUGAUGAGCCUGACAGGAACUCUUCCGAUCACUUUUAAAGAAGUGCGAUACAACAUCCCCGUAUGUGUGUGGCUUGAGGAAAGCUACCCUCAGUCAGCCCCCAUCUGCUACGUCAGACCAAUGCGUGAUAUGAUGAUCCUGCAAGGAAACUAUGUGUCCAGCAAUGGAGAGGUUCUGCUUCCCUUCCUACAGGAGUGGAAGCAGGGGGAGUCUGACCUGGUGAGCCUCCUGCAAGUGAUGGUUGCCAUGUUUGGAGACCACCCCCCCAUCUGUAUGCAACCUCCUCCACAGCCUGAACAAGCGUCAUGUAAGUAUGGUUCAUCAAAACAAAACAUAAAUUCAUACAGGGGUGUCGUAAGUGCAGCCUGGAGGCCCAUUUUUGGCGCACAAUUUGUUUUGCAUUGGCCCUCGGCAUAUUCUUCCAAGAAUUGCAUACAGAUCCUUGUCCCCAGGGUUCUCAACAAAUGGUAA